UAAAUAUUGAAGUCAGUAAGUACAACGCCUAGGCAAAGAGAGUGCGACUGAUAAAUUUAACGAGCUGUUCGUGUAAAACAAGCUUUGAAACAAAAUGGCAUCAAUCAAAGGUUUAUUGAUAGGACUACCAGUUCUGGUCUGCUGCUUUCUGACAGCAUCAAGCCUGACGUGUUAUAAAUGUGAAGGAGACAACACUCCCCCGAUGUGUAAUGAGACUGAAAUAUGUUCAACGGGCAACACUCAGUGUCUGUCUCAAGUUGAGAAAGAUGGUGAUGGGAAGAUGAGCUAUAAACGAGGUUGCACAAUUCCUGCAUCUUGUUCCGCAAAAAAAACCGCCUGUCUUGUAGAAGAAAAAUUGGGUCGAAUAGACGACUGCUCCUACGAAUGUUGUGACACAGACAAUUGCAAUGAUAAAUUCCCAGCUCUUGGUUCUGGUGUUCAAGUCACAUCUGGUAUAGUCGCCAUUGCUGCAACAUUGUUCUUUGCUCUUUUUGUCAUGUGAACACUUUAGUUGUAAACUUUUUUAUUGGCCAACUAUGUCGCUCAUACACAUGGUCAAAUUUAAUUAUUUAAAACUGCAACCGUAUUGAAAAACUUUAUAGAAUAUAGAUCAUUUUUGCUUUACACCGUAUAUUUUAAUUUAAACCGUUUUAAUU